AUGGUAUGGCUGGCGUUAUCAAAUUCCCUUCUUAGUAUCUAAGGGUUUUAGGGUGAUUGCACCUGACCUUAGAGGAUUUGGACAAACUGAGGCACCUAGAUGUCCACCUAACGACCUUCAACAAUAUGGUUAUAAGAAUAUUUGCAAGGAUCUUAAAGAAAUAAUGGGUCAGCUGAGGAUUAUAAAAGCAAUUUUUAUUGGACAUGAUUGGGGUGGCGGAUUAGUUUGGCGAAUGUGUCUUCAUUACCCAGAACGAGUCCGUGCCGUAGUUAGUCCACCUAAUGAUUCAUUUCUCAAUAUUGAAUCCUUGGUUGAAGUUUUUCCAAAUUUGCAUUAUCAAUUGUAUCUUUCACAUCCAAAAGCCGAAGUUGAGUUAAAUAAUAAUCCAGAAUUAUAUUUAAAAGCCACAUUUCGUACUUCGAAACCAGAUGACUUUAUUAAAAUUUAUGACGGAAAAUCUAUGACAGGAAAUGUGAUUGAAGGUAUAGAACGAAGCCCUUUGAUGUCACAAAAGGAACUUGAUUACUACGUUUUAAAUUAUAAAACUCACGGUUUUCAUGGAGGUUUGAAUUGGUAUAAGACUAGAAAGAUUAACUAUCAAGAUGAGAAGGGAGUUAGAAAGCUAUUAAAUCAUCAUGCUCUCAUACAUAUUGAAGAAGCAGGACAUUGGGUAAUGUUGGAACGACCUAAUAAACUUAAUGAAUAUAUAGGAACAUUUUUGGAAAAUUUAAAGAAGAUUGGAGAGACGUCUCAAGAAAAUCAAACUUCCAGAGCAAUUUCUUACACCAAUUCAAAAUU